GCGGCGAUUAGAAAUUAUUUCGAAAAGUAUCUAUAGUAUAGAGUAUAGAGAGAAUUCCGCGCUGCGAAACACAUAUAUUUCGCCUCGCGAUCGCUCGUUUCUCGCUUCGCGCGCUUUCAAAAAUUUUCGAAUCUAUACUCGACCCUGUGCUUCCUCGCGAAUAAUCUCUGCUUACUUUUAUCGGCAUCUACCAACCAAAACCAAUGUCGCUUCUUUUCCCCGUACAUUUUCGUUUCAACGCGAUUGCUCCAUUCCGCUUCGUGCAUCCUCUUCCAUCGAUCAUAAUUAUAUGAAAAAUCUCCUCUUUCUAGACCAAGAUUAUAUAUUAUAAGAAUAUUGAUAAUAAUUUUCUCGUCGACAUACUAGAGUUAAAUCGGUACGUUAGGAACAAAAUCAUUUCAACGAACAUACGUACGAUGUCGUUUCGACUCGACGUCGAUGCAACUUAUCCGCUACUCUUGCGAGUUUUUUAACUAAAUUUUUACGAAAAUCCUACUUUUAAGCUAGUUAAAUCGGUUAGGCGAAACUUUUACCAGGAAUCAUGGACGCGUAUAGAAAGCGUGUUAAUAAUUACAGGCAUCUGCUAAUAAUCGUAGAAAUACCCAUAAAUGGUACUUUGGCAAUGUUUGCGACGCCAUUUUUCGCGCUAUCUAUCGUUGAUAACUAGCACUUCGACUCAACUGUUUCCGCCAUCUAUCGCUAGGUUGCGAAAUGAAAAUUUCAAUUAGCGGCAAAAUAUUUUCUCCGGUUGUUUAUCGGGAACCGAAAACAUUUGGAAUCAAGAUCGGUCGCCGAGGGAUCGAUGUUUCGUACGUUGCGACAAUCGAUAUAUUCAAAUAUUUCAUCGAUUACGAAACCGUGUAAUCAACGGCAAGCAUCGAAAACGAUCGAGACAAAGAUACUCUACCUGGAAGCCAAUUUAUAUCAUCCGUUUCUGAAUAUUUCGCAGAUUUCAUCGAAAAUACCGUGUCAAGAUCUACGAUAGAUCCUACGAAAUGAACGUAUCACGGAAUAAUAAAUCUAGUCUGUCCCAAAAACCUUCGACACGUUCUAAUAACAAAAAACGAAGCAGCGAUGUUAUCAGUCUGUCUCAACCUAUCCCGAGUACGAGCAGAAGUAUACGCCCCAAGCAAUGUUUGGCAGAAUCUCCACCGGACCUGAUCAUUUCUGAGGAACAGAAAGAACUUGUUAAUAGCGUGAUAAGAUAUAUUUUCGCGUUGAACACAGGAAAACAUAUUAUCAGUAAAAGUCAGUUAAUUAAGAACGUAUUCGCCAACAAAGGGAAACAUUUUCAUCGGAUAAUGAACGAUGUACAAACUGUGUUGUCAAAGAUUUUUGGAUAUCGACUGAUAGAAUUUCAAACUAACAAGUAUAUGUUGGUGAACGAAAUACAGAACCAAAUACCACACAUUUAUCCUAGAGCGACAGAAGGAAGACAACAAGUAUUGCUGUUUCUAAUACUAACGCAUAUCUUCAUGAGCGAAGAAUCCUGCUCCGAAGAAUCGUUGUGGAAUUUCCUUACAAAUUUGGAUAUUUCAUGCUCCGAUAAUCAGAAUCACCAUUAUUUUGGCAAUGUUAAACGUUUAAUAACCGAGGUAUUUGUCGGGCAAAAAUAUCUCGAUAAAUUGAGUACGAACGCGAACGAUUCGACAAAAAUCGAAUAUAAAUGGGGGCCUAGAGCGGAACACGAAUUUUCUCGACGUGCUGCGUUAGAAUUCGUAUCUCAGAUAUACUGCGGACGUCCGAUAAGCAAUUGGCCGUUACAGUUCAAAACCUUACAGGCCCGAGAAAAGGCUAACAAAUCCCAAUGACCCGUUACAUCGGAAAGAGUAAACCGAUUACGAAUUGUUAUGAUCGCACAAUAUCAUUUGGACAAGUCGUUAUUUCUAGUGAUACCAGCCAAAACGUAUUUUAUCGUCGCGAGAUUAGGGUCGUUCUGCUCGGUAAUAAAAGGAAUCGUUAAAAUAUCGGGCAAAAAUGAAACGCGGUAAAUAAACCUAGUUAACUGGUAGAAAACUUUGCUGUUACGUCAGCGAUUCCGCGCUUUUUCUUCUUUACCGAUUCUCUUAUCAUCGACGAUAAAACGAUUCGAGAAAACAAGAUGAAACGCAACCGAUUGAAAUUGAUCGUUCGUAAAAUAGCGAACCGCGUCCAAGCAAUCGUUUCGUGAAAUUUUGUUGGAACGUCCCUGAAAGCAGCCGUAAAACUGCGAAGGGAGAUUAAAGCUUGCACGCGGUCUUCGAGUUCAGCAGGAGGGUCAGGAAGAAUCUGAAACGUUCGGUUGCCCUAGUUUUAAUUAAAUCUAAUCGGAUUCAUAUUUUCUUAUUUCUAACGUAAUGUUGCACAACGCGAUAAACUCGAAACACGAAGAAUUCAUCGAAACAACCGCGUGAAAGAUUAUCGAUAUUAUCGUGUGCGGUAUAGUAUCGUACCAUCGAUAUAUUUACGUUUAAGUUCACGUUCAAGCGUUUAAAUAGAAAAGAAUUCUCUGUAAUUUGCUGUAAUUUGCGAGGAGUGAAAAUAAAAUAUGUUAGUUUUCUUGCGAAA